AUGCUCUUCUCACGAGUAGUAUUCGUCGCUACUUCUCUGUUCGCCGCCUCGGCCCACUCCCUCAUCAGCUUGCCGAUAAAAAUCAAUGCUGGCAACCUCCUCGGUGCCGACCUCGAUCUCGGACUGCUCCAGGACGGUACGCUCGUCAACCUCGAUGCGUUCGCCAACGUGCUCUCGACAACACGCUGCCCCUCGGCCACCAUCGGUAUCACUUCUGUUGUCAACGUUCUUGGCAUCACCCUCGCCCGCGUGUGCGCCUGCGUCAACGCUCUCGAUCUCGUCAACAACAUCGUUAGUGCGCGCUGACCUUGACGAGGCUCGCCAUCACUCGUUCUAGGCGCUGACUCCACUUCGAUCUUGGCACGUCUUCUUAGUUUCAAAGCCAGAGCAUUUGCCCUCCUUGCCCGGCCAAUUCGCAUGCCACCUGCGCCAAAGGUCAAUGCGCAUGCGCAUGUGACUCGGACUAAUACUCUGUGAGCUUUUCGUCUUCGCCUGCGCGCGCCGCAGGCAUUGCUCUCCGACUCUCUAACCAUGGGCGUUGACCUCAUAUCUACAGGACUCCAUCACCGGCCAAUGCGUCAAGAUCAGUGACUGCCCGAGCCCCAACGUCAUCACCCCGACCGGUUCGGGCAACUCGUUCUGCAAGUGCGUGUCCCCCUUCGUCUCGAACGGUGGCAACGGCUGUGUCAUGCCCUCGACGAUGAGCGCCCGCUCGCGCCGAAAGGUGAAGAAGUGGAUCUCGCACCCUCAUGCCGCCCAAGCUUCGCAAGAUGUCCUCUCGUCCAAUCCUUCGGUUUUACCUCCCAUCGACCCCGAGGCCGAGACGUGCCCUGAUGGCGAGAAGGCUUGCCGCCUCAAGACGGGUGGCUUCGAAUGCAUCGACGCAACCAACGCUCUUACCGCUUGCGGUGGUUUCGUCGGUGAUGGUCUUCCGGGUCAGAACUGCCUCGCAAUGUGAGUAUUUUAUCCCCUUACAUCCUGCCUCAACGUUGCCCUUCGCAUGGGAGCAGUGCCACAAGGAGAACACGUCAAGCUGACCAAGCCCCUAUCUUCCUUCAGUCCUGGCGCCUUGAACGUCCAAUGCCACAACUCUGAAUGCCAAGCCACCUCCUGCUUCCGAGGGUGA